AUGAUAGGCAUCUACAUUUUUAUCGGCAUGCUUGUGGCAUACUAUGUGUCGGGCCUUUUCAUCAAGAUCUUUAUAUGCUGGCCGAUCAGCGCGUACUGGAAAGGAGAGACAGACAAAUGCUUAAACCAAAGCGCCAUCAUUUUCGCCGAUACUAUCAUCAGUGCCAUCAGUGACUUGGUCAUUUUGCUACUCCCGACCCCGCUCACGUGGUCACUACAGCUAUCUAGACGGAAAAGACUCCGAGUCAUUGGAAUUCUUUGUGCUGGAGGCGUUGCGACAGCUUUCAGUAUCUACCGAUUGGCAAUGAUCCUGCACGAGGGCAACAAUGCGGAGGCCGGGAUCGGCUUUAAUAUGCGCCUGUCUUCCAUCUAUAAGCGCUCUCCUAGUUCGACUCACUCAACCCACGAAGACGUUAGUAGACGUGGAGAAAUCGUGAUGACCCGAUCCUUCCACGUCGAUGCUGGAAGAACAGGCAAGGAGCGUUCAGGCCAACCCAAAGAGCAACUAUUCGAGUCGAAGAAGGUCCGAAUCUACUGGCUGAGCCAUUCUACCGCAUUAUUUAGGCUUAUCAGUACAGCCGUUAUGCACAUGACGAAAUCAGACAUCAGAAUCGAGGACGGCUACAGUGUCGAUUAUGAGAUUGGUCCACAUGGAGUUAUUACCUCUGGUGUUAAUACAGAAACCGAAACAAACAAAGGACAAAGACUGUCAAGGAGACGGGCGCAUAAAAGACCUUAUUAUAGUAUUUAA